AUAACAGCCUGCUCGGUCAUUCUGAAGAUCCACACGUUUUGAAGUCCAACAAGCUGAUCUUUUGUUAUCAUAAACACUUGGAAUCUCACGAAAUAAGCCAAAAAUGUCUGAAACAGAAGAAUUAGCUAGUAAAUUGAAGAGAAGAGCAGCGAUCAACGAAGGGGAAUCAGUAGAACCAGCGAGACGAAUGCAAAUAUUCAAUCCGUACACAGAAUUUCAUGAAUUCACACGAAAACAAAUCAAGGAUUUUGAAAAGACCUUCAAAUCAUUUGAUGUAAAUAAUGACACUUUUCUGGACCUGAUGGAACUGAAAAUCUUGAUGGAAAAGUUAGGAGCCCCACAGACACAUGUUGGUCUGAAGGCAAUGAUAAAAGAAGUGGAUGAGGAUAAYGAUAGCAAAAUCAGCUUCAGAGAGUUUCUUUUGAUCUUCCGUAAAGCUGCUGCAGGUGAACUGGAAGAAGAUUCCGGUCUYUCCCAACUUGCAAAACUUGUGGAGAUUGACGUUGGAGAAGUUGGCGUUGGAGGAGCUGCCAGCUUCUUUGAAGCAAAAGCCAAACAAGCUCAGGCAUCUUCAAAAUAUGAAAUGGAAAUCCUUGCUGAGCAAGAAGAACGAAAGAAAGCAGCAGAGGAGGCCAAAAAGCGCAAAGAACAGUUCAAGGCUAAGAAAGCUGCUUUUGCCACCCCUAGCUAAUUCCUUACAACCAAACAAGAAUAAUUCUCAACAAACCUUCAGUUCCAACAGCUGUAAUAUUGGAUAGGUUUUAAGAUUCCUUCAUCCAAGUCUUUCAUAAGUUUCGUAUGUCUUGGACAGGUUUCAAGGUACUAAAGUUUAUUUUUUAAGUUUUUUAAAUUUUUUAAAGAAAUUUUAAAGUAGCUUCAAGUUGUGAAAGACAGGGUUCAAAAUUUAUCUUGUUACGGACAGGAUUAUGUUAAUCUCAAAGGGGCRACCCAUUUCCCCCAUCACUAGAAUGUAAGAAGCCUAGAAAACUGAGAGGGAGGGGGGAGGGAACGUGUGUCAUGUAAGGAAACAAACCAAUAAAAAAUACUUUCCCAGAUAUAUCUCAAUAGACCCCUUGACAAGAUGUAAUUUGUGAACUCUUCACUCAUUUAUCAAUUCAUAUAUAGUGCUUCAGCAUUGUUGUCAAACAGUUAAAGUUUAAGCUUGUAUUUUUUUGUAUUAUCAGAGAUCAUAUUAUGUUCAUAGUGACAUAUAUCAUUCUCACAAUCUUUCUAAGUUUCACUAGAAUCAACAGAAUAAAGUGUGACAAUCCUAAA